AUCAAUAGGAACCGAAUAAGACAAUGUUGUGUUCACACAUGGGACUAUAAACAGUGUCGGAUCAAAGUAAGAAACAGAAGAAUCAGAUCUAUGGUGGGGCUGCGAUGACGUAAUUGCAGGGGGCGGGAUGAACUGUGUAAUUUCAUCGGCUGGAAUUUUAAGUGAGGAAUUGUCCCUUUAAAACCGUUUUCCCUGUACGCAACGUGUAUAUUCAUUAUACCGCGUCAGUUAGGGGCGUGAUCAAGUAGUAACUGUGGACGGGGUUUGCCACUGCACAUCCGUAGGGUACUUAGACUACAUUACGGCUGUCAAUUAGGAAGGGUUGUUGCUGGAGCUGUGAAUAUGUAGUUUAAACUGUUUUCAUUGUCUCUCUUUUCCGUAGUAGAAUACUGGCUAAACAUCUCUCUCUGGAUUUUAAUUUAUGGAAUACAUCUCGGAGUCUGUAGCUUGGAUUCUUGAAUUCUUUACCUAAGGAUGUCAUUUAAAAUGCAAAAGGAAACGUACUACAUUGAGCAGCAAACACAUCAUUUGCACUAAGGAGUGAAGAGCUUGGAUGUAUAAUAUUUAUGUCCUGUUAGUGGAGCUGUAUCCUGGAGCGUUUUCUUGCAAGUUGUCCAGAUGUCUGAUGCUGCCCACAUUAAAGGUUUGUCUUAAAGACGGUGGUGGAUUUAGCCCUGUCAGCAGAGAGACCUAUGGAUUUUUGUAAUAGAAGAAACGGCGAAAAGACACGGUUUACCAAGCUGAAAAAGCGUACAACCUAACACAAGAAAUGGAGCAGAAUUUGAUAUUUAGCAGCUGCUGAAGGAAAUACGUCCAGUUUUAUGUUUUGCCAGCAGUAUUUUGGGUUUAAGUUGGAAACCCGCACACCUGUAUAAAAUCCAGAUGCAGUCAGAGAUUUUGCUCAUGACAUACAAAACCAUAUAAAGAGAAUUAAGUCCUGACAGCCCUGCACUUUAAUUUUUUUUGCUAAGCAUUUACCUAGGCUGUGUUAGUCAUAUGUGGAAUGGUAUUUUUGCGUGUGCAUAGCAGGCACUAAUAGAACUGAACUGAAACAAUGCCAUUAUUUACUAGCAAUCGUUCAUGUAUUUUAUUACAUAGAGUGACCGUAUUUUUCUGUAUUGUACUAAUUCGUUUUUGAUGCCUUUGCACUGGCAUCAGACUCUUUAAUGUUUUCAACUUGCUUUCUUCUGCUUAUGAUGCUAAAAAUGUAUAAUGUGUUAUGACAAACUUGUGAGAAACGGCAAGUCAUAAUGGCCCAGACAAGUUUACUGCAAGGAAAGCGGUUUUACUGUAGGGAGUGGGUUUUCCACAAACUCCAGCAUUGUCUUCAGGAGAAAACUAAUAAUAUAAGUAGCAGUACUGCCAACAAACCAUCCAGUGGAGGGAAUUCUGGGAAUAAUCCAAGUUCUGCUCCUUGCAAAGGAUCUACUUGGGGAGUGCUUUUGGUAGGAGGGCCUGGCAGUGGGAAGACAGCCCUUUGUACAGAAUUAUUGUGGCCAAGCUCACCAGCAGGAUUACAGAGGGGAUUGCAUCGACAGCCAUUGGCUUUCCAUUUCUGUAGGGCCCAGGAUUCUGAUACCUUGUGCAUUGGUGGCUUUAUUCGUAGCAUGGUUACCCAGAUAUGUCGCAGUGGACUAGUGCAGGGCUAUGAUGAAAAGCUAAGAGACCCAGCAAUUCAAAGUGCUUUGCAGCCUGGUGAAUGUGAGAGAAAUCCUGCAGAGUCCUUUAAGAGGUGCGUGCUGUUUCCCCUUCUGAAUAGUAAGCCUCCGCAGCAGAGUGUCUUUAUCCUUGUGGAUUCUAUAGAUGAAGGCUGUAAUGUUACUGAGGGAGAGGCACGAGCCAGCACUUUGUCUGGGACUAUCGCUGAACUGCUGGCCACUCAUCACGAGUAUUUUCCUCCAUGGCUUCUGCUCAUCUGCUCAGCACGAAAACAGAGCAAGACCAUCACUAAAAUGUUUACAGGUUUUCGAAAAAUAAGCCUAGAUGAUCUUCGAAAGGCAUAUAUUGUUAAGGAUGUACAACAGUAUAUUCUUCAUCGGCUAGAUCAAGAGGAAGCUCUGAGGCAACAUCUUACGAAAGAGACUGCAGAAAUGCUGAACCAGCUCCACAUCAAAAGCAGUGGCUGCUUCCUCUACCUUGAACGUGUCCUUGAUGGUGUAGUGGAGAACUUUAUUAUGCUUAGAGAAAUUCGGGAUAUUCCUGGAACAUUAAAUGGCCUUUAUCUUUGGCUUUGCCAGAGACUUUUUGUGAGAAAACAGUUUGCCAAAAUCCAGCCUAUUUUAAAUGUAAUUCUAGCAGCUUGUCGACCUUUGACCAGCACAGAAUUAUACCGUGCAGUUUGGACAAAAAAUAUGUCAUUGACAAUGGAAGAAUUUCAAAGAAAAUUAGAUAUUCUUUCAAAGGUUCUUGUUGAUGGCUUGGGAAAUACCAAAAUUUUGUUUCACUAUAGCUUUGCAGAGUGGUUGCUGGAUGUAAAACAUUGUACACAGAAAUACUUGUGUAAUGCAGCAGAGGGGCAUCGGAUGCAAGCAAUGAGUUAUACAUGUCGAGCAAAGGAACUUUCACCACUGGAGGUUCAAGAAUUUGCCUUUCAUUUGAUUCAUUCUAACUUACAGUUAGAACCCUCUAACCUGGCUUUGUGGAUGGUAUGGAAUUCCACACCUGUCAAAGACUCUCUGCUAACAAUUAUUCCCAAAGAACAGGAAGUACUUCAAUUACUUGUUAAAGCAGGUGCUCAUGUCAACAGUGAUGAUGACCGAACAUCUUGUAUUGUACGGCAGGCCUUAGAAAGGGAAGACUCCAUUCGGACAUUAUUAGAUAAUGGAGCUUCUGUGAACCAGUGUGAUUCCAAUGGGAGGACCCUUUUGGGCAGUGCAGCUUACAGUGGCAAUUUGGAGGUAGUCAAUUUGCUUAUUACCAGAGGAGCAAAUUUAGAACUUCAAGAUUCUCAUGGGCAGACAGCACUUACCCUAGCAGCAAGGCAAGGACACACCAAAGUAGUCAAUUGCCUUAUUGGUCGCGGAGCUAAUAUAAAUCACACAGAUCAGGAUGGUUGGACAGCGCUGAGGUCUGCUGCUUGGGGAGGGCAUACUGAGGUGGUAUCUGCUCUUUUGUAUGCAGGUGCUAAAGUGGACUGUGCAGAUGCUGAUAGUAGGACAGCUUUGAGAGCAGCAGCUUGGGGAGGUCAUGAAGAAAUUGUGUUGAAUCUGCUUCAGCAUGGAGCCGAGGUCAAUAAAGCAGACAAUGAAGGAAGAACUGCACUAAUUGCAGCAGCGUACAUGGGGCACCGAGAAAUUGUGGAGCACCUGCUAGAUCACGGUGCAGAAGUUAAUCAUGAGGAUGUAGAUGGAAGGACUGCACUUUCUGUGGCUGCUCUUUGUGUGCCUGCUAGUAAAGGGCAUGCAUCUGUUGUCAGUCUCCUGAUUGACCGGGGAGCAGAAGUUGAUCACUGUGACAAAGAUGGUAUGACUCCUUUGUUGGUUGCAGCCUAUGAAGGACACGUAGAUGUUGUUGAUCUACUCCUAGAAGGAGGAGCAGAUGUGGAUCACACAGAUAAUAAUGGCCGCACUCCCCUUCUUGCUGCUGCAUCAAUGGGGCAUGCAUCUGUGGUCAACACUCUUUUAUUUUGGGGGGCAGCUGUAGAUAGCAUUGAUAGUGAAGGAAGGACAGUUCUUAGCAUAGCAUCAGCUCAAGGAAAUGUCGAAGUAGUGAGAACUCUGCUGGACAGAGGACUGGAUGAAAAUCAUAGAGAUGAUGCUGGAUGGACUCCUUUGCACAUGGCAGCCUUUGAGGGGCACCGACUUGUGUGCGAUGCACUUAUCGAACAAGGAGCAAAAACAAAUGAAGUGGACAAUGAUGGAAGAAUAGCUUUGAUACUUGCAGCACAAGAAGGACAUUAUGACUGUGUACAGAUAUUGUUGGAAAAUAAGUCAAACGUUGAUCAGAGAGGGUAUGAUGGCAGAAAUGCCCUGCGUGUUGCAGCCUUAGAAGGCCACAGAGACAUUGUUGAGUUGCUUUUCAGCCAUGGGGCAGAUGUCAACUUUAAAGAUGCAGAUGGUCGCCCAACACUAUAUAUUUUAGCAUUAGAAAACCAACUUACAAUGGCAGAAUAUUUUUUAGAAAGUGGGGCAGAUGUGGAAGCAACUGAUACUGAAGGACGGACAGCAUUGCAUGUUUCCUGCUGGCAGGGACAUAUUGAAAUGGUUCAAUUAUUAUUAAAUUUUCUUGCUGAUGUUAAUGCUUGUGAUAAUGAGAAGCGCUCUGCUUUGCAGUCUGCAGCUUGGCAGGGUCAUGCUAAAGUGGUGCAGUUUCUAAUUGAACAGGGAGCCGUAGUUGAUCAUACAUGUAAUCAAGGUGCAACUGCCUUGUGUAUUGCUGCCCAGGAAGGACAUGUUGAGGUUGUACAGUUAUUACUUGAACAUGGUGCUGACCCAAAUCACGCUGACCAGUUUGGUCGGACUGCUAUGCGAGUUGCUUCAAAAAAUGGCCAUUCACAAAUCUUAAAGUUACUGGAAAAAUGUGGAGCUUCCAGUCUGAAUGGAUGCACACCUUCACCAGUGCAUACAAUGGAACAAAAAGACCAACAGUCCAACACUGCCAAAAUGCAGUCUUUAACAAUGAAAUCAAACAGUUCUGGUAGUACUGGAGGAGGUGACCUGCAGAGUGGAAUGCGUGGUUUCUGUAAUGGGCCAACCCAUGCCUUCAGUUCCCCAUCUGAAUCUCCUGAUUCUACUGUUGAUCGGCAGAAGUCAUCUCUGUCAAAUAAUUCACUUAAAAGUUCUAAAAACUCCUCUCUCCGUACCACAUCAUCCACAGCAACUGCCCAGACUGUGCCUAUUGAUAGUUUCCAUGGCAUGUCCUUUACAGAGCAAAUACAGCAGCAUUCCCUGCCACGGAGUAGGAGUAGGCAAUCUAUAACAUCUCCUUCUUCUACCACACACUCCUUAGGAAAGAAUGCUGGCUCUCCAACUAAUGAAUUCGAAUGGAGUCCGGUCAAACCAAGCCUUAAAUCAACCAAAGGAACUAAAGGAGGAAAGUCUGCAUCAGAUAACUCGAGCAAAGUUGGGUCUAGUGGAAAAAAGUCCAAACAGAACAGCUCCUCUCAACCCAAAGUUCUUGAGUAUGAAAUGACACAGUUUGAUAAGCGAAUAAACAUUAGUGUGCCUGUCAAGCAAAUGUCUGUUGAGCCACAGAGCAAAAUUUUAGUUCCAUCAUCUCAGCGUGAUGGUGGUCAAUCCCAUCAACAGUUCUUAAUUCAGCAACAAAGCAGUGAACACAAAAAGAGAAAUGGAAUAAUGACCAAUCCAAAUUACCACCUGCAAAGUAAUCAGGUUUUCCUUGGGCGAGUUUCUGUCCCACGUACAGUACAAGACAGAGGUCAUCAAGAGGUUUUGGAAGGCUACCCUCUCGGAGAGACAGAACUCAGUCUUAAGCAAGCCUUGAAACUUCAAAUUGAUGCAAAUGAUGCAAGCUUCAACUACAAAAAAGAAACACCAUUAUGAAAAAGAAGAGCUGAACCAAAGAGGAGAGUUUCACAGUGAACAGAAGAGCAUUUCUAGAUGAGUUAUGCCUUGUGACAUGCAAACUUUGACAGGCCAAAAGCUCAGGGAUGGGGAAGAAGUCUUUCUGCCUGGGGCAAGUAACCUUUCAACCCCUGCAGCUGCCUGCAAUACAAAGAUCGGAACUGCUUUCCAUGAGGUUACCUAGACAUUUACUGCAACGUGCCUAUGCUUGGGGCAGCCUUCUCAGUGUAACCCCUAUAUGCUUUCGAAGUUUAUUUUGUGUACAUGUACUUGUUAUCGAGUAUGCACCGCUCCUAGAUGAACUGCAGCAUAUCUAGCCUAACAUAAAUUGUAUGCAUAUUUCCAGCAGUGACGAGCAGAAACAAAAACAAAAUGAGGAUAAGAAAUCCGUUGAGAAAAUUUGCAUGCUGUGCAGUGGAAGGUGCACAGACCAGCCCACGUUCUCAGUAUUUCUGUUUUAUUAUGGUAUUGCAGCAAACAACUUGAAUCAUUUUAUUGCAUUAACAUUUUGUUGCUGAUAAACUUUGUGUGUUACUGCCAUAAAUGCAUACACACCAAAAGUAAUAUAAUAUAAAAAAAUAAUCAUAAUCACUGUGUAGGAUGAAAUAAUUCCAGCCACUUAACAGCAUCAGUGUUCUUGAAGGGGCAAUGUUUAUAAAUGUUUCCUUGUCUGGAAAACAAAAUGUUUUUACUGUAAUACUUUAUUUGCACGCAUCUUUAUGUCGAAGCAUUUUCAUCUGAAGUGCUAAAAUUCAGGGAUUUUUUGCAGGGUCCUAACAUAUUCACAUCUGAAUAGACUCUGACGUUCAACCCAUACAGUAUUAAAAUCCUUGGAAGACA